GACUGGAGGAGAGGAGAGGAGGAAGAGGAGGAGGAGGGGGAGAGAGGAGAGGAGGAGAGAGCAGAGAGAGAGGACGGUGUUUUAUCAGCCAAGUGCAGCCUGAAUCGUGAGGAGCGGACGAUGGGGAGAAAAUUCCCACUCUUGUUUCUUUUUCUCCAACAUCACCGUCAUUAACAUGUAGACCGGCGCGUGCCAGAGGAUCCGGAGCGCAGUGGUCUUUGCAGUCUAGGAGAAUAUAAUUCUAAUUAUAGUUGUGAAUGAAAAACAUUUUGGAUUAACAGCGGACUUGUUUUUUGGACUAAAGGGGUUUCCUAAUUGUUUCCGUGCGUGUGUAAAUGUUGGACCGCAUUUAACCUGAGUUUCUACCCUCUGGAGUGAAAAGUGCGCCAGCCUUAUUUCCCAGGCUUAUUUCCCCAACGCUUGAGCGUCGGUAUUUUUUGGGAGGCUAUAUGGCUUUUGGAAGGAAUGCACCUUAUCCUAACGGGACGUAACGCACAGAGGAAUAUUGUCUGAGGUGGAGAGAAAAAAAAAGCAGCGGAUGGGAUCCUGCCUUAACGGGGACACAUUCUGGACUGGACCGAACUACUGCGAGUACAACCACAGCACCACCACUCCUGCUUCUGCUGCUGUACAUGGCAGUCACCUCAAAAUGAUGGAACCCCUCAUCACUCACUGGCUUGUCUACCUUCUGAGAAUUGGAGCUUAACAAUGCUAUUUCUGUUGUUUUCUUCCUCAUUGCAGCGCUUGUUGGCAGGACCUUUAUGAGGAAUAUUUUCCAUAUUGUAAGGAAUAUUUCUCAGAUUUCCCUUCACCAAGUUGCAGGAAACUGAUGGCUGCUACAUUUCCCCCGGAUGGUUUGCACUGCCUGGAUUUGAAUAAGGAUCAUUAGCAACCACAACCUGUUCUGCUCCGGAGUUACCGACUUACUUAUGCCUGUGUGUGAAUGUGAUUUUAGUGUGAUUGUGUGUUUGUGUUUGCAUCUGCAUGGCGUAAGUAAAGGAUAGAAAAUAAGACAUUUUUACUCGGAAAGUACAGAGGACGCAGCAAACAAGUUGAAGACGAGGAGUAGCAGCUAUGUCCCACUGUAGGCACCAUUCAAGGACCGGGUGUCGGCUACUUCAGACUGCCAAGAGUGGGAGCAGGAUGAUGGGAUACGUAAGGCUUGAAGGCUCCUGGUGGGUGUCCUCUCUAAUAUGGCUGGGACUGCUGCUGCUGCAGGCAUCUCCAGCCGCCGUAUCGGCUCAGAAACUGGACGAGAACGACCCGGUGGUCACCACCACGUACGGCAAGCUGCGAGGUGUCAAGAAGGAGCUCAACAACGAGAUCCUGGGUCCAGUCGUGCAGUUUCUCGGCGUCCCGUACGCCGCCCCGCCCACCGGCGAGCGCCGAUUCCAGCCGCCUGAGCCGCCGGUGUCGUGGCCGGAGAUCCGCAAUGCGACCCACUUCGCCCCGGUGUGCCCUCAGAGCAUCGUGGAGGGACGCUUGCCGGACGUGAUGCUGCCAGUGUGGUUCACCAACAGCAUUGACGUGGUGUCCACGUACGUCCAGGACCAGAGCGAGGACUGCCUCUAUAUUAACAUCUACGUCCCCACUGAGGAUGGUCCCCUUACAAAGAAACACACUGAUGAUUUAGGUGAUAGUGACCGCACGGACGACGAAGACAUUAGGGAGAGUGGAAGCCCCAAGCCGGUGAUGGUUUUCAUCCACGGGGGCUCGUACAUGGAAGGAACUGGGAAUAUGUUUGACGGCAGCAUCCUGGCCAGCUAUGGAAAUGUGAUUGUCAUAACUGUCAACUACAGGCUGGGCGUCCUAGGGUUUCUGAGUACAGGUGACCAGGCAGCCAAAGGGAAUUACGGUCUGCUGGACCAGAUCCAGGCUCUGCGUUGGACCAGUGAGAACAUUGCAGCCUUCGGCGGCGACCCGUUACGUAUCACUGUGUUUGGCUCUGGCGCUGGAGCUUCCUGUGUCAACCUGCUCACGCUGUCUCACUACUCAGAGGGCAACCGCUGGAGCAACUCCACCAAAGGACUUUUCCAGAGAGCCAUCGCCCAGAGUGGCACCGCUCUGUCCAGCUGGGCUGUCAGUUUCCAGCCGGCCAAGUAUGCCCGGAUGCUGGCCCGUAAGGUCGGCUGUAACCUGGAGGACACUGUGGAGCUUGUGAGUUGCCUUCAGAGGAAACAUUACAAGGAGCUGGUGGAUCAAGACAUCCAGCCAGCCCGCUAUCACAUCGCCUUCGGACCUGUUAUUGAUGGAGAUGUUAUACCUGAUGACCCUCAGAUACUCAUGGAGCAAGGGGAGUUCCUCAACUACGAUAUCAUGCUGGGAGUUAACCAGGGGGAGGGCCUUAAGUUUGUGGAGCUUAUCGUGGACAACGAGAAUGGCGUCCAGGCUAACGACUUUGACUACGCCGUGUCCAGCUUUGUGGAUGACCUUUAUGGCUAUCCAGAGGGGAAAGACAUCCUCCGAGAGACCAUCAAGUUCAUGUACACAGACUGGGCUGACAGGCACAACCCGGAGACCCGCCGGAAAACUCUACUGGCCCUUUUCACCGAUCACCAGUGGGUGGCCCCUGCUGUCGCAACAGCCGACCUGCACUCCAGCUUUGGGUCACCGACAUACUUCUACGCCUUCUACCACCACUGUCAGACAGAACAGGUACCACCGUGGGCAGAUGCAGCGCAUGGAGAUGAGAUCCCUUAUGUGUUUGGUCUGCCGAUGAUUGGACCAACAGAGCUGUUUCCCUGCAACUUUUCCAAGAAUGACGUGAUGCUCAGUGCUGUGGUCAUGACCUACUGGACAAACUUCGCCAAAACAGGGGAUCCAAACCAGCCUGUCCCCCAGGACACCAAGUUCAUCCACACCAAGCCCAAUCGCUUUGAAGAAGUGGCUUGGACACGCUACAACCAGAAAGACCAGCUUUACCUCCACAUCGGCCUGAAGCCCAGAGUAAAAGAGCAUUACCGCGCCAACAAGGUCAACUUGUGGUUGGAGCUGGUUCCUCAUCUGCACAGCCUCAACGAGGUCACCCAGCUCAUCCCCACCACCACCAAGAUCCCUCCGCCAGAGGCGACCAACCGCACCCCAAAGACAAAGGUUCUGGUGACCAAGCGCCCUAACCCGACUCCGUUCCCGACCGAGACCCAGGACAGCCACAACCAGCCGCACCUGGUGGACCAGCGCGACUACUCCACCGAGCUGUCGGUGACCAUCGCCGUAGGAGCUUCCCUGCUCUUCCUCAACAUCCUGGCCUUUGCCGCCCUUUACUACAAGAAGGACAAGCGCCGGCACGACGUCCACAGACGCUGCAGCCCCCAGCGGAGCGCCGCCAACGACCUGGCUCACACCCAGGAGGAGGAGAUCAUGUCCCUGCAGAUGAAGCAGCACUCGGACCUAGACUGCAGGGGAGUGGGCGACUCCCUGCACCCGCAUGACGUGGUGCUGAGGACUGCCUGCCCGCCGGACUACACUCUGGCCAUGAGGCGCUCUCCAGACGACAUCCCGCUUAUGACGCCAAACACCAUAACCAUGAUCCCCAGCACCAUGGGGGGGCUCACCUCGCUCCACUCUUUCAACACCUUCCCCAGCAGCGGGCAAAAUAACACCCUACCCCAUCCGCACCCACACUCACACUCCACCACCCGGGUAUAGCCCUGUGGAUGCACUCACGCAGGCAGGACUCUGAAGGCUGAGGCUAAAGCUAACGCCACUGCUGCAGCAGAGACUUAAGGCCGAAAUGCUGACAACCACAGAUAUGUCAGGAGCUGAAACGCCAGCCUGGAGUUGCCAGACACCCAUGGAAUUACACUGGGAUUGUACAACACCCUGUUAAUACCGGAGGGAAUAUAUUCAAGGGGUUUCUGGGGGUUUGGACCUGAGGGAAAAAAAAGAAUAAUUAUGUUUUUUGUAGAAAAAACAAAAGACAAGAAGAAAAAAGUACAAAUAAGG